GUGCUGCCACAGCGCCCUGCGUUCGCCCCGUGUCCCAGGGCCGGGGUCUCGGUUGGCGCGUACCUUUCCCUUUCCGCCCCAGGGCCGGGACGAGGGGGCAGGAGGAGCCUCGCAGGGCUGUAGGCGUGGGGUUGGUCCUGCGGAGCGAAGAGUCUUGUCACUGAUUUCUCUGCCUUCUGGGCCACCGCCGCCGUGGGCUGCCGUGCGCAGGAGCGGGGCGGCCCGGCCCGGCCGCCGGAGUAACGGGGCCCUUUGCGUUUCCUCAUCAGCCGGGAGAGAGGAACCGGCGCUACCCCUGGUACCGGCUGCCGCCAGUUCUGUCUCUCUCGGAAGGUUCGCCGCUGUCAGGGAGCGGGUGCAGCGGGCAGGACAGGUGCAGGAGGCCUGCUGGCACCUUGGGCCUCUUCCUGAAUGCCAUUCGGUUGUCGUUAACUCCGUUGGCAAUGUCUAUGAUUCUGUCUGCCUCUGUGGUCCGUGUCAGGGAUGGACUUCCGCUGUCUGCAUCUACUGAUUAUGAUCAGAGCACAGGAAUGCAAGAAUGUAGAAAAUAUUUCAAAAUGCUCUCAAAGAAACUUUCUCAGCUUCCUGAUAGAUGCACUCUGAAAACUGGGCACUAUAAUAUUAACUUUAUAAGUUCCCUGGGAGUAAGUUAUAUGAUGCUGUGCACGGAAAAUUAUCCCAAUGUCCUGGCUUUCUGCUUCCUGGAUGAGCUUCAGAAAGAAUUCAUCACUACCUACAAUAUGAUGAAGACAAAUACUGCUGUCAGACCGUACUGUUUCAUAGAGUUUGAUAAUUUCAUCCAGAGGACUAAACAGAGAUAUAACAACACACGUUCUUUGUCAACAAAGAUGAAUCUUGCUGACAUGCAGACAGAAAUCAAACUGAGACCACCUUAUCAAAUGUCCGUGGCAGAACUUGGUUCAACUAACGGGUUUGCACAUCUGUCUGUGGCAGAAUACAAGGGUACUGGUAAGAUAUCUGCAGCUCCUCAUCAGCGUCUGGAACCUGUGACUCUGCCAGGAAUUGUCUCAUUUGUGCUCAGUCUGUUAUGUGGAGCUUUGAAUUUAAUUCGUGGCUUUCAUGCAAUAGAAAGUCUUCUCCAGAAUGAAGGUGAAGAUUUCAGCUACGUUAUUGCAUUUUUUCUUGGAACAGCAGCCUGUUUGUACCAGUGUUAUCUGUUUGUAUACUACACGGGCUGGAGGAAUGCCAAAUCCUUCCUGACUUUUGGCUUAAUUUGCCUGUGUAACAUGUACCUGUACGAACUGCGCAACCUGUGGCAGCUCUUCUUCCAUGUGACUGUGGGAGCAUUUUCUACCUUACAAAUUCGACUGCGACAACCACAGGGAAAGUCUCCUGAUUACAAUGUCUGACCAACUCUGGAACAUUCAGAGGCAGUCUUGUUCCAACAGUUACUCACUCUCAGGAAUGUAAAGCUGUUCUCCAAAAGAAGAAGCUGUCCGGAUGGGCCUUUAUUUAAUUCUUUUUUUAAAUACAGCAAGAUGCCUGUGGACAUUGGACAUUUUUUUUUUCACUUGGUGGUUAAACUUUUUUUUUUUUUCUUCUUUUUUUAAAAAAACAAAAGAACACAAAAGAAUAUGGGACUAGAGGAGGAAAGUGGAUCAUAUCCACGAAGCGUGGCUCGGGGAAUUUGACUGGCGGCAUGACAAAGCUUCAUUGGGAAGUAUGUUAAUGGGAGGAAUGUAUAGAGUAUGUGUUCUGCAUAUCAUGCAAGCUCUUCACUUCCAAAAUCAGUUUUGCCUUUGUAAGGCAGUAGAGAAUAGGCUAAAUUAAUAAUAACGAUAAUAAUGCUACUGCAUAUUAGUAGAGUAGAUUUGGAAUAUGUAAGAUGCUACAUGUUGGAAUGUUUUAUUUCACAUUGAUGUAUACCUGAAUGUUUCCUUAAUUAAAACGUAACCUGGAAACUCUGUUUCUGGGGAUCAGCUUUGUGGUA